UCUUACACAUUUUAAUUUGGAAUAAAUGUUUUUUUUAAAACAUAAUUUCUUGGUAAUGUACUUAAUGGGUAUUGCUUGAAAUUAUUGUAGUGCACUUACAUCAGACUCGCGUUGGUUCUCUGCACUCUAAAUUAAUAAUACUAUUCAAAUUCAAUCGAGAAAAAAGGAACCAAUCCUCUGUGUCCGUCCAACCUUUCUUAGACCAUCAGUUUCCUAACAAUGAACAAAAAAAUGUUCAAAUAUGUAGGUAUGGAUAAACCUUAGGGGUUGUCAUGCCUUUAAAAAAAUUCAAUGACACAAUGGAGUUGUGUGAUACGUCAUUUAAUAGCUAUUUUAUAUAUCAAGUACAUAAACUGGGUCUUUAUGGACGAGUCGUUUAUUUAGCCGAGCGAGUUUACGAGCGAGGCGUAAAUAAAGAUGGCGAGUCCAUAAAGACAGUUUAUGUACGCGGUAUAUACAAAGCUUUAUGUACGAUUGCAAAAAUUACUCUUUAAAGAAGAAAAUUUAAUAAUCGACAUACAAUCCAUAAUCCACUGACAAGGAUGUCAAAUAUUUCGAAACUUAGUAUCUAGUAUUUUAUGAAAUAUAUGAAACGUUGAAAAUGGUGAUGGUAUCAAAGGUUGCUGUUCUUGUUGCUAGGUUGUGUAAAAAUGGAAGAAAUAUCGCAAAUUGCAUCCGCAGCGAAGAAAACUCUUCUUCCCUGUAAAUCGAGAACGGUAUAUGAAGAAGCUUACAAUGCAUACAAGAAAUGGUGCGUAAAGAGAAAUGUAAAAAAAACCGUUGAAGAUACAAUUCUGGCUUACUUUACUACCGAUCUCGCGUCGUAUAAAGCAUCAAGCUUAUGGAGUAAAAAUUCCAUGCUACGCACUACGAUUCAUUUGAACGAAGGAGUAGAUAUUAGCAAGUUUCCCAGUGUUAUUCCGUUUCUUAAAAGAAAAGGAGAAGGAUAUACGCCAAAAAAAUCGCUGAUUCUAACGGAUGAAAAUGUGGAUUCCUUUUUAUUAAGCGCUCAGGAUGAACACCAUUUGCUAAAUAAGGUAAUUCUUAUCUUUGGAGUGGCGGGUGCCUGUAGACGCCAGGAAUUGGUUUUUUUGCAGACGACAAAUGUUGAAGAUCAGGAAAAACAUUUUCUAGUCAAGAUGGGAAUCAUCGAUACGAAAACCAAAAAAGAUAGAUCGUUUGUCAUAUUGCCAGGAAAACACAAUUUACUGCACAUAAUUAGAAAAUACAUAGCCAUUCGUCCUAAAGUAACGUCACACAACAGAUUUUUUAUCAAUUAUCAGAAUGGAAAGUGCACGGUUCAACCUGUAGGGGUUCACAAAGUUGGUGGUGUUCCCAGUGUGGUGGCUAAAUUCUUGAAUUUAACAAAUGCUUCUUCCUACACGGGCCAUUCUUUUCGAAGAACUUCUGCAAGUCUUCUGGCAAAUGCAGGUGGAAGUAUGACUGACAUCAUGCGCCAUGGAGGAUGGCGCUCGGCUAGUGUCGCGGAAGGCUACGUCGAAGAGUCGGAAAUGACAAAAGUCAACGUUGCGACGAAAAUCCUAGGCGGAGCGGGUCCUUCAUCUCAUCGUAAAGAAAUCGAAGAAAGACAUCAAAUGAGUGGACAACUCUUUAUAAAGAACAAUGUGGAUUGCGUGAUUAAUAUUAACAAUUACUACGCGAAUAAGCACUCCCCGAAGUAGGUGUUUCUUCAGGUGUUUCGCAUUUAUAUUUAUUUUGAUAUGUGUAAAUAAAUUAUUUUGACAACCGACCACGUGACAU